AUGCUUUGUAAUGGGAAAGAUGGAGUGUGUUGGAGUUUUUCUGAUGGAGAAUGGGACUCUUUGAGCAGAUUGUUCUCUGCUGAAGAAGAGCUUGAGUUCACACCACCACAUUUUCUUGGUCAGGGUUCUUCAUUUCCUAAUUUCCAACGCAAUGUUGUGGGGAUGAACUUUGAAACUCCAGCCACCUUUUGCACUAAUAACCCUGAAGAAGCUGAAAUGGGAUUGGACAGGGUCAAUUUGUUUCAUCCUUUAGACUCUCAUUUCCAAUAUCUUUCUUGCCAUAUCCUAGUAACCAAUGAUAUCUCUACAACUCAUGAUCAAAAGUGUUUUGGUCCUUUUGGUUCAUUUUUCACCCCAGCAUUAUCUGAGUCUCUGAUGGAAGGAAGUGUCUGUGGCAAACAAGAUUCUGGCAGUGACAGAAUAUUGGGAUUUUCAGAUGCCAGCCAGCCAGCAGCUGUUGCUGUUCCAGGAAAGGACACGUAUUUCGAAAGAUGUAAGAACCAUUUGAAGUUUUAA